UUCCAAUGUUUCAAAUGUGAACAAUUCAUUUUCAUAUUUAGUGAAUUAACUCUUGAUUGUUAUUGAAUUUAAAUGAUUAUCAUGAGAAUAAAUUGUUCUUAACUAAAUAUCAAAGACAGUUAAUUAGUUUCUCUUUUACCAAAUUCAUAGAGAUUGAAAAGUGUUAGUAAAUGUCAUCAUGUCUCUUUAUGAUGAUAUAAUUACCGGUGAUAAAAGUGACUCAAUUAAAGAUUCUAAAUCAUCUGAAUGGUCUGGAAUUAAAUUGUUAGAGACACAUUUAUUAUCGAAGAAGAAAAAUCAAGCCAAGAGAGAAAAUAUUCCAAGGCGACCUGUCGGGCCUCAUAGUGGACCUGGAUUCGGAUUCAAGAAUAAAACGAUCGUCGAGGAAACACCGUUGUCCUCAAUAUUGGAUUAUCAUGGAAAGAAUACAAAUGGAUCUUUAUUAGGAGGUGAUUGGGAUGUUACACAAGAAUAUGAUCCUUUAUUUCCCAAUGAUUAUGAGAAGAUAAUCAAAGAUCGACCAAAUAAUCCGGAUAAAGUUAAAAUAGAAGGUGAAAAGAAUCGUGAUUCAGAUGAUUAUGAACAUAGAAGACGACGUCCAAUCGAUAAAUCAUCAUCUUCGACAUCAGCAAAUUCUAACUCAUCAGGAUCAUUAUCAUCGGGAAUUUUGGUCAAUCCAACAGGUGGUUCAAUGUUUUCCAGGUCACUGGUGGAUGCUUAUAGUGAUGAUGAAGAGGAAGAUGUUAAACCUUCAGGUUAUUCUGGUCGAUCAGCACCAGUGGUCACUAGAGGGGCAGCAAUUGCUCCACCACCUUCACUGAUUGAAUCAACUGUAGUUAAAUCAACGUCUCAUGAAAUGAUGGAUACCUCGUCAUCAUCAUCAUCAGCAUCACCUAUAACUGUAUCAUCUUCCUCAUCUGCACCGAAAGGUUCAGUUGCUGCAAAGAUCAUGGCUCGAAUGGGUUAUAAGGAAGGUCAAGGUUUAGGUAAAGAGGAACAGGGGAUAAGUAGAGCACUUGAGGUGGAGAAAACGAGUAAACGAGGCGGUAAAAUUGUCGCUGGAACAGCAUCAGCAGCAUUACCACCACCACCGUCGCCACUUCCACCACAAUCGACUCCAACCCCACCGCAACCAUUUCCAGGAACAGUAUCAUCUUUAUACUCGGAUAUUGGAUCUUCAUCAAAUCCCGUUCAAGGCAAUUUAUCAGCGGCAGUUGAAUCGAUUACUGAUUUAAUGAAAAAUCCGACAAAAGUUGUUCUACUUCGUAACAUGGUUGGACCCGGCGAAGUCGACGAUGACCUGGAACCCGAAGUGAAAGAAGAAUGUUCAAAAUAUGGUGAGGUGGUAAGGUGUGUAAUCUACGAGAUUCAAGGUGGUCAUCCCGAAGAAGCGGUCAGAAUUUUCGUCGAAUUCAAAAGAGUUGAAGCAGCAAUCAAAUCGGUCGUUGAUUUAAACGGUCGAUACUUUGGAGGUCGAGUGGUGAAAAUAAGUUUCUAUGAUGUAGAAAAGUUCAAACGAUUAGAACUUAAUGAUUGAGAAUUAAAACCAAAAUCAUAAUUCACCAGGUAAAAAAAAAAGAAAAAGAAAAUGUUCCAUUUUCGAUAGUUUUGUUUUUCUUAUUCUCAUGAUUAUCACUCAUGUAAAUUAACAUUUCUACCGCUCGUUUCAUCUCAGACUUUGAUUAAAAUCAAUAAUCAAUAUUUAAUUUAUAA